UAUUUGGUCUGCUUCCUCCUUCCUUCCUUCUUUCCUUCCCUACACCGCCGCCUCAUCAUCACCAGCCCCCACAUCAAAUCCUUCACUGUUCAUAAACCGCGUUUCCCCUUAAUCUCCACAUCUACAAAAACAAAUCUCAAUUUAACCAUAUCAUCACACACACACACACAUCUUCCGCAUUUCAUGCCCUAAAUAUCUCCAAACCACCACAUCCACCACAAUCAUGUCUGAAAACCCUGAAGAAAAGCUCAUCGCCGUCGCCCGUCACAUCGCCAAAACCCUAGGUCACACCGACAACGCCCUCACCGACGACAUACUUCAAAUCUUCUCCAAUUUCGAUAACAGGUUCAGAGAAAAACUCACCGGAACUCUUUCCGUCACCGAAACACUUGACCAGACGCUAAAAACCAUAGACCGUAGAGUUUCUCGUUACUUAACCGUUGACGAACCUAUCUGGUCAAACUCCGGCGACGCCUCGUUGUUUCUCGCCGUUGUUGAUGACUUGAUUGCAGUGAUUCGUGAAGGUUCUGUAACAGCUGAUGAUUCGGCGGUUAUUGUUCUCGAUCGAGCUGAGGAUUUGCUUCAACAGUGUAUGUUUCGGCUUGAAGAGGAGUUUAAGCGGUUGAUUCAACGCGGCGGCGUUGAAUUUGAAUUUUCCGAUGAUGUCGCCGGGGGAGACAACGGCGGUUGUGCAGAUUCAGAUUCCGAUGAAGAUAACAGAUUCGAUGACGGAUUUGAUGACAGAUCUGAUGAGUUUAACGUUCCGGUAGCGCAUCCGGUAACGGAUUACAACGUCACGAUCGACUCACUUCCGUCAAGUACGAUUAACGAUCUGCACCAGAUCUCACAACGGAUGGUGACGGCUGGUUACGGUAAGGAGUGUUCGUUAGCGUACAGUAACUGCCGGAGAGAUUUUAUAGAAGAAAGUCUAUCGAGGUUAGGGUUUCUAGGGUUACAAAAUGUUAGUAAACCGUUAGUAGAUGAUGAUAACGAUAUUGAGAUUGAGAAAUGGAUUAAAGCGGUUAAUAUGGCGGUUAGAGUGAUUUACCCUAGCGAACAACGGUUAUGUGAUCGAGUGUUUGGUUGCUCCACUUCGGCUGCUGCGGCUGCAGCCGAUCUGUCGUUUAUGGAUACAUGUAGGGUUUCGGUUAUGGAGCUUUUGAAUUUUGCUAAUGGGAUUGCGAUGGGGAGUAGAGCGCCGGAGAGGUUGUUUAAGAUACUCGACGUGUAUGAAGCGGUGAAGGCGUUGUUGCCGGAGUUUGAGGUGUUGUUUUCCGGUCAUUACUGUUUGUUUUUGAAAAAUGAAGCGGUUGGAGUUUGGAAGAGAUUAGGUGAAUCGAUUAGAGGCAUUUUUGUUGAGUUAGAAAACUUAAUCCAGCGUGAUCCGGUUAAAGCCGCAGUCCCUGGAGGCGGUCUUCAUCCGAUUACUCGUUAUGUCAUGAAUUACCUUCGGGCUGCUUGUUCUCGGCCGACUUUGAAACAAGUGUUUGACGACUAUGUUGAACAAUCGUCAACUUCGAGUUCAUUAUCUGUUCAAAUCGCGUGGAUUAUGGAUGUUUUAGAAAACAAUUUAGAAUCAAAAUCAAAGGCUUAUAGAGACCCUGCGUUAUCGUCUGUGUUCAUGAUGAACAAUGGUAGAUACAUCGUAAAGAAGGUUAAAGACGACGAAUUAGGUUCUCUUCUAGGAGACGACUGGAUCCGAAAACAAACAUCAGGAGUAAGACAGCAUCAUGUAAAUUACCAGAGAAGUUCAUGGCAUAAGAUUCUCAACACGUUGAAGCUCGACAAUAACAAUAGUAGCUCGUCUUCAAAUCUUGCUUCGAAAGCUUUGAAAGAUAAACUCAAGCUCUUCAAUUCGCAGUUUAUCGAGAUUUGCAGAAAUCAAUCCACAUGGGUUAUAUUUGAUGAACAAUUGCGAGACGAAUUGAAGAUUUCUGUAGCUGGAACUUUGCUUCCGGCUUACCGUAACUUUCUUGGGAGGUUUCAUAAUCUUCAAGAUAUUGGGAAGUAUGCAGAUAAACAUGUGAAGUUCACCAUAGAAGACGUUGAGGCUCGAAUUGACGGUUUGUUUCAGGCAACCGCAGUGGCGGGGAAUGGCCGGAAGUGAAUAUGAUCGAUCAAGCGAGUGUUGGGUUGUGUUGUAACAUAUUGGUGUAUGUAAUUUUCUACAAUGUUUUGGUGUUAGAUUAUGGGUUGUGUGUUUAGUAAGUUGUGAUCAUUUGUAUAUAGUUGGUGUUGAUCCAUUUAUGGCUUGCUUGGUUCUUGAGUAAAUUGUAUACACACGAAGUUCAGUAUUAGUUAUUACACUUGUGGGCUUUUUUA